UUUUCCGUGACAAAAAUGCAUUCGCCACUAUAUUUUUGGUUUCUUGUUCUUUCAAGUUUCUCUCUUGGGUCCUAUGAUAGUAUGAUUUGUGAAUAAUUAACCAAUACCCAAUAAAUAUCUGUGUUUUUAGCACAGUUUCUAAGCUUUUAAGCUCAAAGCUUCAAACUUUGCUACUUGCAACUAAGAGGGGUGUAUCAUCAAUCAUGGCACAGUUCACAACGCAUGGUCGCUUGAAGCUUCUCUUCAAUGGCGAAAGCGUAUCACCUUGUUUGGGUCACAAGGACCCUUUUCACUACAAGUGCAGAUCAAUUCACACCCACAAGAGAAGGGUGAGGUAUAUUGGUUCCUCUGCUAGAAUUUACCAUGCUUCAUCUUCUCAUAGAGGAAGAAUUAGCCGUUGCUAUGCUAAGGCACCCCGUAUUAAUGGCAAUGAAGUUGUUCAUGAGGAAUGUUAUGAUAAUGAUGAUGAUGAGGAUGAGGAUGAACAUGAAUAUUCUUAUGAAGAUGGUGAUGUUGAUGAUGUGUUUGAGGAUGAUGGGUUGUCUUGCUUCCGGGGUCUAGUGUUGGAUAUAUCAUACAGGCCAGUCAAUGUUGUAGGCUGGAAGCGUGCGAUAUGUUUGGAGUUCAUGGAGAAGGCAGAUGUACUAGAGUAUUAUGCUAAGACCGUGAGCUCCCCGAGUGGAUCUUUCUAUAUACCAGCUGUCUUAAGGGUUCCUCAUUUACUUCAGGUUGUUAAAAGAAGAAUAGUGAAGAACAAUCUUAGUCGGAAAAAUAUACUAUUUCGGGACAAUUACACCUGUCAGUAUUGCUCGUCACAUGAGAAUUUGACCAUUGAUCAUGUGGUGCCAACUGCACGAGGUGGAGAAUGGACGUGGGAAAAUCUAGUGACUGCUUGUUCCAAGUGCAACUCAAAGAAAGGUCAGAAAACUUUGGAGGAAGCAAAAAUGACAUUAAAUAAGAUCCCGAAGGCCCCAAAGGAGUAUGACAUACUCGCCAUGCCUCUAACUUCUGCAGCUCUAAGAAUGCUGACAAUAAGAAAGGGAACACCUGAAGAAUGGCGGCAGUAUCUAAGGUCCUCUUGACAUCCAUGAAAAUUAGUCUUUUGUGGAAGUUGUGAACAACUAAUAAAUAAAAGUAAAAUCCUCAUGAUUCUUAGAUUAAUCUAAUUGACACAUUUAAGAAGAAAAAGAACAAAAAAAUUGUAAGCAUUGAUGUUGUUCAAUCAAGAUUGUAAAAAUAUAUGUAUAGUAAAUUCCUGCUUCAUUGACAGGAUUUGAUAUAUGUAAUUGAAUCCACUUAAUGGGACAAGACAUAAUUUAUGUGGUUGUAAAUUCA